AUCUGGCAGUGCGGUGGCUCCCUCGAGAUUGUCACCUGUUCGCACGUUGGCCACGUUUUCCGAAAGGCAACACCGUACACCUUCCCCGGGGGCACAGGGCACGUCAUCAACAAGAACAAUAGGAGGCUGGCAGAGGUCUGGAUGGAUGAGUUUAAGGACUUCUUCUAUAUAAUAUCCCCAGGUGUUGUUAAGGUGGAUUAUGGCGAUGUAUCCGUCAGGAAAGCACUGAGAGAAAAUCUGAAGUGCAAACCCUUCUCAUGGUACUUGGAAAACAUCUACCCUGACUCGCAGAUUCCGCGGCGCUAUUACUCCCUUGGUGAGAUCAGGAAUGUCGAAACCAACCAGUGUUUAGACAACAUGGGCCGCAAAGAAAAUGAAAAAGUCGGCAUUUUCAACUGCCACGGCAUGGGAGGAAAUCAGGUGUUUUCUUACACUGCUGACAAAGAAAUCCGCACCGACGACUUGUGCCUGGAUGUCUCGAGGCUCAAUGGCCCCGUCAUCAUGCUCAAGUGCCACCACAUGAGAGGGAACCAGCUCUGGGAGUACGAUGCCGAGAAGCUCACCCUGAGGCACGUCAACAGCAACCAGUGUCUGGAUGAGCCGUCAGAGGAGGACAAGAUGGUUCCCACCAUGAGGGAGUGCAGCGACAGCCGGUCCCAGCAGUGGCUGCUGCGCAACAUGACGCUGGGUGCCUGA